AUGGCAAUCUCUCAAUUUGGAAAAAAUUUUCGUCUUGCUUCCUUACAACGAAUUAAAGAUAGAUUAAAUCAAUCAAAAAUCGACCUCGAAGAACUAGGUUGUAAUUAUUUUUUCUUACAACCUGAUGGCUGUGAUUGUAUUGGUUCACCUAAAGAGAAAGAAGAAUGGCAUAUUAAUCAUGUCGGUGCUUGUUUAAAAAAUUAUGGAGAAAUUAAUAAUAAAAG